AUGACUGCAACGCGCAGUACUCCACCUUCGCGAAGCCCGCGAACUCCUAAUGCAAAGGUUAAUCCAACGGGAGGCUUUAAGGGUCCUGAGGGGGCUCUGUCUGGUCCAGGCAACAGUCAUUCCGAAAAGCCUGUACCGCAAGGUGCUCUUUCGCCGUCCUUGUUCAAUAGCCUACAGCAGCGUGCGAACAAGCUCAAGGUUCUUUUGGGCAGCCUCCAAGUGUCAAACGGGGGUGGUAUUGUCAAUGUUGGCCAUGCGGACAACUCUCAACAGCUCGCAUCAACUGCCGGCAGCUCUUCCUGGGCCAGGGACGCAGGCAUCGCGAUGGACAGGCAGCCCAACGGACCUGGAGCCAGCAUGCCGUCAAAGGCGGCAACGUGUGCCAAAUUGAACGUGGCACAUCACCAGCGUGGACCUGCUGCAAACUGCGCCGCACAUGCUGGUGGGGCAAACCGUGCCAGGACUACAAGCUGCUCUAGUGGAGCCCGUGGGAAUGACGCAAUGCCCUCCUUGCAACGGGCCGCACAGCGGACGGUGCAGGGAGCGGGCCAAGCAGUGCAGCAGAGCAGGGCCAAGGACCCUGCUUCAUCGUCGAUGAUCUUCAGAGAGGGGGUUGCAGUUGCUGAAAAAGGCAGGCUGCCUGCCAAUGGGGAGCUCGGACAAAUGGCACCGCGGCCACCGUCGCAACGACCCAUGCCGCUACCCUUAUUCCAGCAGUUGCAGGCCAGCAGCCGGGAUGCCGCAGCCAUCGCGGCCCUGCAGCAGCGCCGUAGCGCGUCUGACAGCGGUGGCGCAGGAGCGCCGCGGGCACCUAUGGGCGAGGCCCAGCCCGAGGCGCACGCAACCAUAUCACUGAAUGCAAUUGGAACAAGCUCCAACUUCCAGAGAUUCGCAAGUACUGACGGCGCUGCUGCAGCCGGCGCGGCCGCAGCAGCGGCGGGGGUGUGCGGAUCAGCAGCGGCGGAGGCAGCGACGGAAGCAGAGGAGGAUACAGCGACGGAGGUGGCGGUGGGGCUUGCCGCGCGGCCAUCCCGCUCGCCGUCGUCAUCACCGCGGUGCUCGCCCACCCGAAGUCUGAAUAACGGGGAUGUCGACGGUGGCGUUGGCAUGCAUCCUGCAGCUUAUUUCCCGAUGGCGCCGCAGUCAGCUCAACUGCAGUUCAACGCCGCGCCGCCGCCGCCUCUGCAGUUGCCGAAAGGCAUCGCCGCCGGGGGAAAGCCUACUGGCAAGGACGCUUCGGAUCCGCUGCCGCAAUCGCACGUCUUAACGGCCGCCGCUCAACCGCGUAGCCAGGCAGCGGAGGAGCUUUCGGCUAUUCUGUCCAAUCUGGCGGCGGUCGCGGCGCCGUCGACCUCCAUGCCAGUGCUGGAUGCACCGUCAUCGCCGCAUGACCUGGACCUGCACCUGAGGUCGCAGCCGUGUCAGGCGGGCGGGCUGGAGUUUUGCGGACGGCGCCGCGUGGUUGCGCCGCAGAGCUGUGACGGCGGCGGGGGUGCUGGUACGUCAGGGACACUAUGCGCUGCACGACGCAGCGGGGCCGGGGACCAGAUGCCGUAUAGGCCUUGUGGCGGCGUUGGGGACUUGCCGCCGCGGGAUGGAAGCGGCGUUGGCAGGGACGGCGGCGGCGGCGACGACAGGACGGCUUCGGAGGACGCGGAAGCUGCCCUUGCGCAGGCACUUGCCGUGGCGCGCGCCAGCGCCUUGGCUGCCUUCCUGCGACCGGAGGCGCGCGUUUACCGCCCUUCCAGGGAGGGCUUCAAAGCGGGCGGCAGCGGAAGCGGCAGUAGCAGCCCGCCGGCUGGGGCUGGGGUUGGGGCAGCAACGGCUGCGCCAUGCGGGGGCGGAGGCUUUGGGGCCGGCCCUAGCCAUGGCCACGGUCACGUCUUCUUUGGCGUACCCGCCUUCGCAGCGCCUUUUAGCGGCAGCGCCAGGGAUGGCCACGGCCUGGCGUCCAGCCCCCGUGUAGGCUGCGGCUACGCCAGCAGCGGCAGAGACUCGGUGCACAGUCCCGGCUGCGGUGGUCGCAACGGCUCGGCGCGGAGCAGCCGCUACGAGCGGCUGUUAAUGCUACAGGAGACAGCGGUGGGCAGUUCCGCCAUGCAGCGCGUCGGUGGAGGCGCAGGCGGCGGCGGUGGUGAUGCAGGUAGCGGAGCCGGCGCGACGAUGCUGCCUGGCCCGGAGUUUUUGCGUCGCAACGCGGUCUUGCAGAAGAAGCGGCAGGCCUGGGCUGCCGCGGCCGCUGCGAGGGACAAGGUGGCGAAGGAGCCGUCGAGCCAACAGCUGCAGCGCAGUGUCAUGGACCUGCAGCGCUGGGCGGAGCGGAGGGAGCUUCGACUGGCUGCGCUACGGGAGGAACGGGAGGCGGAGGAGCGCGCGUAUGCGGAGGAGCACCUGACCUUCAAACCGGUCAUUGGGGAGCGAUCGCGCAGACUGGCCAAGCUGGCCCGCUCGCGGCCCUCCUACGUUCCCAUCCCCGGUCCAAGCGCGCAGCAGCGACAGCGCAGGGCAAGGACGCCACCACCACCAAGGCUCUCAGCGGCAGCAGUGGCCGCCGCUGCCGCAGCAGCAGCAGCAGCGGCGGCGGCGGCAGCAGUCCCGUGCCCGCAACGCGACGCAGCCGGGCCCGCCGCAGCAGCACGGCCCGCCAAGUGCACUUCCGACGCUGACGUCGGUGCUGACGCUGAAUGCGCCGGGUCGGCCGUGGCUUCAGCGGCGGGGUCUAGUAACCCGCUGCGAGCUCCGGAGGGACGCAAGGAUCGCCCACCUCACGCGUCGUUUGCCGCCGCUUUGCGAUCCCAGCCUGGCGGCUCUGGUGUGAAUCGCAACAGCCGAAGUGGCGGCGGCGCCAGGACCGCCGCUGCUGCUGCUGCCCCUGUACGGCCCCUAUCAGCUUCGAUGUCUCUAACCCACGCGGACCUCCUGAAAGCGCUUCGUGGCAACCGGCCUUGGCAUUGCAGGGACGCCGCUAAGGACGCUGAGGGCCCAGCGGCUGCGGCGGCAGCGGCGGUAGGCAGUGGCACCGGUGACGGCAUGCUGGGGGGAAAGUCCAGGGCGACCGCCGCGGCUGUGGCGCCACCGCCGCUGGCGGCGGCAGCAGCGGCAGCGCGCAACAGCCGGAUGCGAGGGCGGUACGCUGCCGCGGGCGCAGGUGGCUACGAUGACCCCGUGCUCUUCGGCACUUUGAGACGGGGCUCACGGACGGGAUUGGGCGGGCCGGCGGCAGGUUUGGGCCCUGACGGCGGCAGCGGCAGCCGGCGCCGACGCACCAGCGCCGCGGGAGGUGGCAGCGGCUGCGGUGGCGGCAGCUGCGGGGGCCACGAGGACCCCCAUGGCGCCCACGCGGCACAGCAGCAGCAGUGGCGGCAGUCGGCGCCGUCGGGCUGCUUGGAUCUGUGGGAGUCGCCGCGGGCGCAUUCCCCUGACGUGUAUGCCCAUGGCAGCAUCCGCCAGUCCAGCCUGCAUCCGUCGCCUCCCCGGGAUACCGCCGCGCCGCGGACAGGGCCGGCGGCGUCACCGGCGGCGGCUGCCACCAGAGGCCUCCCACAUGGACCCCCAGGAUCCACCGCCACCAGCGGCGGCGGCGGAAGCGGUGUGGAUGGUCUCGCUCGAAGGACCAUCGAAAGGCUGUCCGCCAUGGGUGGCGGCGGCGCUAGCGGGCUGGCUGUGAGGACCGGCCGGCCGCUUGUGAUGACUGGCGGCUCGGCGGGUUUUGGCAGCGACGUGAGCGGUGGGGGAGAUGUGCACGCUAGCCAACGUGUUUCCCUGUCGCGAAGUACGGAUACUAGCAGCCCCUUUGUUGGGUGCGCUGCCGGCAGUCCGGUCAUGCUCGUGCUGGGCCCUGCUGCAACCGCCGCCGCCGCCGCGGCAGGCAGCAGCGGCGGCGCCACCGGCUGUUCGCCGGCGGCAGCCGUCGCCGCGGCGGCGGCAGCAGCUGCAUCGAUGGUGGGUCCAGGGGGUGUCCUGACUCACAGCCCGCAGAUGUUGCGGUUUUCCGCUCCCGGCCCCAAUGCAGCGCAGGAUGCUGCGGGAGCCACCGGGGCGAUGGGUGUGCACCUCAGUCCUGUCGGCGUGGUCCCUUCGGCCAGCGGCGGUGCUGGCACUCUGAUUGCAGCCGCCGCGGCGCCGGGCGGCCUCGCCGUCGGCGCCUUUCGUUACGGCAACCUCACCUCCUCGCCAUCGUCGUCAUCGUACUUGGCCUUACCGUACGACGCUGGCGGUGCCUUGCUGCUGUCACCGUCUUCCAUGCUUCACACCUGCGCAGCGAAUGGCCCUGCCGGCUGUCCAGCGCACGUCGCAGCCGACAUCCAGAUGACCGCGGACAUCAAUCAGAGCGGCGGCGCCGCGUUAGGGGCCGGCGGUGCAGCCGCCAAUUCCGCUGACCACCUCAAGCACAGCACCCCGCAAUCGGCGCCAGCGCCGUCACCGUCACCCGAGCCCGUGCUCGCCGCCUCCAGCGCCUCCCCAAUGCGCAAUGCGAGUGGGACGUCUGAUACAGGGGCGGCACCCCUACGCGCCGGCCCCACGGAAGCACGGCGCCAAAGCAGCAGCAGCAGCACCAGCUGCGCGGCUGCCGGUGACUUGCCCCCCUCGGCUGACUUGGCCAUGUGCAGCGCAGGUGCAGGCGCACCCCGAACAGCGUCUGGAGUGGCGUCCCAUGGCGGUUUGCAAUCAUCGCCGCCACAGCCGCGACAGCAAUCUGCAGGGGCAGCAGCGGCAGGCGGCGACAACGCAGCACUGCAGCCGCAGCCGACCAAUCCUGAUACCGAUUCCGACACCACCAAUGGCGCGGAGAGUCCCUCCCACGCCCCCAUCCGCUCACUCUCGACGACCUCUUCACCGCUUCCCCUCGUGAGCCCGAGCAGACUGCAGGGCGGCGACCCGUUGCGUGGAGUCCGCUUCACCAAAAUCCUUUCCCAGCAGUUCGUCACGAGUCUCCUGCUCUCCAAACCCGCUUCACCCUCGGCGGUCGCGGCCGCAGAGGCGCUGGCGGCGGCCGCCGCAGCAGCCUCGGGACACGCGGCAAGCGAUUCUGGUUGCGUGGGAGCGCUUUCCAGCCUGACAUCAACGCCAGCGUACAAAGCCGCCGGCGUUACGGCUGUGGGCUGCCUGGGCAGCGGCUGCGGCGAGGAGAGCGGCGACGGGGGCUGCGGCCGCGGCGAUAGUGCCAGCAGCAACGGGAGCUUACGCGUGGCGCGAUGGACGCUGUCGGCGCCUUCGGGAGCUGCGGGUCGGCGGCAGCCGCACGGCCGCAACAUCGGCGCCGCACAUGGGGCUGCUGCGGGAUAUCCUGGCCUCCGCUUUGAGGCAGUGUCCUUCGGAAGAUGCAGUAAGCCUCGAGCUGCGUUGGACCAUGUCACUGCCGCUGAAGGGAAGUGCAGCGGCGGCAGCGCGGCGCCGCUGCCUGUUACAGUGAAAAUCCCGGCUUCUGCAGGCCGUGGAUCCCGGCUUUCGGAAGCUGCGACGUCCAGUUCUCCCAUGAUUUGGACUGAGGCAUGCGUUGCGGAGGCCGAGCCUGCAAGUACUGCUGCUGAGGCGGCGGCGGUGGCGGCGGCGGCGGCACACAGCGCGCCGGAUGAGCAGACUGGCAACGUGAGAGGCAGGGCGGCGACGGCAACGGCGGCAGCAGCGGCGAGCUCCAUCGGACAUGACGGUGGGCAGGAGGAUCCACUCACGGCAUUGCAGGGACUUAUAUGGAGGAUGAAACACCUGGCGGGCGAGUGCGAGGCGGUUUAUUGUGAAAGCGAUUCGUACCGCGUCACUGGCCGUAGCUGCAGUAGCGUCAGUGGAGGAGGAGCUGGCGGCAGCGCCGGUGGCACCGGCAGCAAUGCCGAAACGAAUGCAGAGAAGCAAGCCGUGGACCUAUCUCCCAGCACUGCCGUUGGUGCGCUAGCACCGUCGUCGUCGGCUACCGAGGGGAUCGUUUUGCCAUCGCGUGGCAGUGGUAUCGCCGCGGCAGUUGGUCACUCUGAGUCUGAAGCCUGUGGAUUAGGAAAAGGGGAACCUGGACUUGGAUCUGAACCUGAACAAUCUGUCGGUGAUAGCGCCGGUGGCGGUGACGGCGACGGCGUCGCGGCAGCCGCAGCCGCAGCGGCCGGCAGCGGCGCCGCACGCGACGCUUCCGAAAUGGUCACGGGGCCGCUUCCAGUGGAGGUACUGGUGAACCGAGCGGAGCAGCUUCGAGCGUCUAUAGUUGGGACCCCGAUCGGUCUGUCGCGGGGCUCCUCCCCCGCUCCUCCUGCCUCCCCGCUGCGCUGCUACAGCACCGCCAGUGGAAGCGUUUGUCGGUCGGGGCUGUCGAGCGGCAGCGCAGGUAGCGCCGUAUCGACGUCGCCGUGGAAGAAGGCUGGGGCCAGCGGCGCCGGUCGUAGCGGCAUCAGCCGACCUGGUUUCGGAGGCGCAGCAGCCGGCGCUGGCGGCGAGUUCGUUUUUCCGAGUUUGCGGAACCAUGGGGCAACGGCCACCGCCGCGGCCGCGGGCAUUAGGGCGGUACAGCUGGCGCCGUUGGGCGAAUUCGCCCAAUCGCCGCAGCAGCCGACGACAGUGGCGGUGGCGGUGGCUCAGGGCCGGGCGGUGCCUGAGGAGGAGAUGGGGCAGGAGAUCUCUUUGGCUGGGGGUUUGGACCAGAUGCCCGUGGGUGACAGGAAGUCGCCUCGGCGAGCCGUGCCUGCUUCCUUAACCAGCGCGGCUCAUGAGCUUGCGGUGGCAUCCACGCAACAGCCACGCUAUACCGUGUGGUCUCUGGCUGACCACUUGCCAGCGGUUGCCGCCCCCGCCACCGCUUGUGGCGAUGUCGCCGCCGUCCCCGUCCCCGUCGCAGCCGCGGGUUUGCAGCGGGUGCUGUCUUCUCUGUCUCCGUCGGGUGCUCUAGGAGCUCCCGUUGGAGCGUCAGGCGCAGGCACCUCCAGAAGCAGCCACCCUGGCUGCCACUCCGCGAGCCGGUCCUACAUCUCCCCGUCCGCGCCUUCCGCCUCCUCCGUGGCGGUAUCGUCCCGCUCCGUGGCAGAGCCAAACUCCCAGCAUCAAGACGGUAGGGGAGCCGUGCGCGCUGACGGCGAAGGUGACGGCGACAGCGACUCCCUCGCUGCCCUGCAGAGCCUGAUCAGGCGAGUGGCUCAUUUGUGA